AGUUCGGACAUGCGCAUUUUUCUCUUGGUUUUCUCUCGUCUUUUCACGAGAUUUAGCUAUGAUUUUGCUUUUUCUUUUUUUCUUUUUUGCACCUUUCGUCUCUUUCUAGGAAAAUGUCUUCAAGCAGUUCUCAAUGGAGAGUCCGCUCACAAACACAGACAACCCAAGCUGAUAGAAGAGCUCGAAUGGAAAGAAAACAAGUGCUAGUGGAGAGGAAUGUGGUUAGAUCAACUCUUAUGGCUCUCACAUUUUUGUUUAUUGAUAAGCUGGUUCAAAGGAAUGGCUGGCAGUUUCUCCAUAACUGAGCCAAUAUAGCCUAUCUCGGACUGGUGCGAGAUUUUUAUACUGACACGGAGACAACUCUAGUUGAUGGGGUUUCGGUUCUGCAAACUGUCAUCAAUGGAAUACCAGUCCAGGUGACUACAGAAUUGAUUAGCUCAGUAAUUGGUGUACUAGUUGAGUCGGAUCUUCCUAGGGUCCCAUAUCCAAAGUCAGUAGAGGCUCCAUCUAUGGAUGAUAUUGUUGAGUUCUUUGAUCCUCAACAAGCACAAGCAGAUACUAUUCAACAGAUCAAGAUUGGUACCUUUGCCUCUCCCUAUCAGUUUUUAGCAAAGAUUGUGUUACAUAAUCUUUGGCCUUAGGGACAUCGCAGUGGGAUUGUGCUGAAGAAAGCAAGGGUGGUGUAUGUUCUUAUCCAAAAUGUGUGAUUCUGUAUGUGCAAAUUUCUUUUACAUGUCAUGAUUGAUAUGUUUGACGAUAAUUCUUGUGGACUGCCAUUUGGAUGCCCGGUGAAGAGGAUCUGGCAGAGAUUUGUGCCUUAUAUUCCUCAUACAGAGCAGAUCUUCCGGAUUCAGGAUUCUCUAAGCCAGCAGACUAUCAUGAAGUUUGAUGCCCAGCUCCCCCGGUUUGAGGAUCCUGUUGAUAUUGAGUCCCCUCCGCAUGGUCCACCACCUCCAAUUGAUCCUUUAGCAGCUUCCUCCUCACAGCCUACUCCUCCUCCAUCCAGUUUUGAGGAGAUGUAUUCUCUGUUGUCUGCUCAGAUGAUCACUGGAUUUCAGCGGUUACAGGGGUGUAUUUCUUCAAUUGAUGCUCGGGUACAGGCUCUGGAUGCAAAGGUGGAUAGAUGUCUGCAACACUUGGAGGCUGAUGAGGAUGAUGAAGAUUUGGACUAAGUGCUGCGACACUUAUUUAUUUUUGUGUGUAUUUAUC